AUGCUCAUGCCCGGCUACGUGUGGAUCGUCACCGAGGCGCUCGCCAGCGUCCUCGACACCAUCUACGACGACGACGAGUUCGUGGCGGCGUCGCAGGGAGCCGUGGGAACCCGGAGUUACGUCCCUCGCUCGCCGCAGCUCGACAAGUUCUACGAAAGGUGGCGAAGCGCGAACCCGGCCACCAGCGUGAACGUCUACGGCCUCUACGCGUAUGACACCAUCUGGACGAUCGCGUACGCGAUGGACAGGCUCUUGUCGUCCACGAAUGCAAGCCGGAGCUUCGAGUUUCGACGUCGGCAUGACCUUGCCAGCCUGCCGGUUCUAAAGUCCGGAGCUCGGAUCCUCAAGGAGCUCGCAAAGACGAGCUUCGGUGGAGCCAGCGGAAGGGUGGAGCUGACGAGCCGCGGGGAGCGCAAAGGCUCGGAUCUGGAGAUUGUCAACAUGAACGGGAAGGGAGUUCGGGUGGUCGGCUACUGGAACCGGGCGAGGAGCUUCAACGUGGAUCCUCCCUCGGACAGCCAGGAGCUGGAAUGGUUUAGCCAGAUGGAGCGGCGGCUCAACCGGAUCGUGUGGCCGGGUGGCAGCUUGAACGUUCCGCGAGGAUUGAUGAUCCCGAAAACCGGAAGGGAGCUCGUCAUCGGCGUCCCGCUCAAGCAGGGAUACAAGGAGUUCGUGGACUCCAUCGCCGAGAGUGGCAAUGUGAGUAGCUUCCAUGGCUUUUGCAUCGACGUGUUCAAGGCCGCGCUCUCCUGCCUUCCCUAUGCGGUCACGUACACGUUCGUGGGAUUUGGCGAUGGGAAUUCCACUCCCAGCUAUGACGAGCUCGUCGAGAAAGUCGCGAACAAGAAGUAUGAUGCUGCUGUGGGAGACAUCACUAUAACUCACAAGCGAGCGAAGAUUGUGGAUUUCACGCAGCCUUACACGACGUCGGGCCUGGUGCUCGUCGUGCCGGUGACCGAGUUUCGUCCGCAUCAUGCGUGGGCUUUCCUCCAGCCCUUCUCGACUGGUCUGUGGUGCACAACUCUGGCCUUUUUCCUGUUCACUGGAGCUGUCGUCUGGGUCAAAAAUCGCGACUUUGGAGGCCGUCCGAAGAAGCAGGCCGUCACCACCUUCUGGUUCAUAUUCUCGACUCUCUUCUUCGCACAGCGUGAAAGAGUGAAGAGCAUUUUGGGAAGGAUAGUGGUCAUUAUCUGGCUCUUCGUGGUGCUUAUUCUUACCUCCAGCUACACGGCGAGCUUGACAUCGAUUCUCACUGUUCGUAAGCUCAGGCCAUCAAUCCAGGGCCUGUCCCGGCUGGUCGGGAGUAAAGUCCGGAUUGGAUAUCAACAGGGAUCUUUCGUGAAGGACUAUCUCCUCCAGCUUAACGUGGACAACGAUAGACUGGUGCCCCUCCCCUCCAUUUCCACGUACUCCUCGGCUCUGGCCGCCAAAGAAGUUGGAGCGGUCGUGGACGAGCUCCCAUACAUGCAGCUCUUGCUUUCGUCCGAUUGUAAGUUUGCACUGUCCGGCGAAGAAAAGUUCUCGGAGAGCGGCUGGGGAUUUGCAUUUCCAAAAGGAUCGACACUAGCAGCGGAUGUUUCCACCGCGAUUCUCACGCUCGCGGAGACCGGAGAGCUGCAGAGGCUUCACGAGACAUGGCUCCACACGAUCCAGUGCAGCGGAGAGGUGGUGAAAGUCAAGUCGGACGAGAUCAACGUGCACGCCUUCUCGGGGAUGUUUGGACUCGUUGCCGUGGUUGCGGCGGUGGGAGCUCUUGUCCACGCCGCUCGGAGCUCCUGGCAAAACUACAACCUUGCACUGCUGGCUGCUACGCCGCUCCAGUGGCCCUCCCGGUUCGCAAGAGGUUCGCGUUUCAUUCGCUCCUGGAGCUCAUACGUCUGGCAAACAGGAAGGCUGAGUUCCAUUGCUAUGACAGAGGGUGAAGGGCAGCACGAAUGCUCGGGGGCUCCCGGUUCCAUACAUCCUCUCGAUGACGCUGCGCGUCCUGGCCGUGUCCUCGACGCCCGAGCUCUUCUCCUCGCCGGGCUGGAAGUCGAUGAGACCAUCCAAGUUGAAGUUGCCGGAGUAGAGGCCCGUGGUGGUGCUGGUGGCGGCAAAGAAUUCCUGGCUUUGCUGCUCGACGUCGACAGUGUUCUUGGUGAAGUCCAAGUCGAGGUACCUGGAGCUGUUCAAGGCGCUGGCGUCGAUCCCGCUCGGCCUCGACCCGGCCAGCUCGAUGCUAAACUCGCUGCUGGUGACGGUGGUGUUGCUGUUCUUGCUGCUACUCCGGCUGGAGCUCUCCUUGGAUUCCGAGCUGGUCGGGUUCACGUUGUGGAGGAAGAUAUCGCUGCUGCUGUGCCGAGGUCCCCCCGAGAAGCUGAUGCUCUUGGUGAGUCCCCAGACUGGUCCUCGGUUGGCGAGUCCGGGACUGCUUGGGACAUGGAGAAGCUAAAGCCGCGGUCGUUUGCGAGGAGGAGAGCUUCCAUCGGGGUCGUGACGGAGGGGAACGAGGCCGGGAAUGGAAGGAUAGAGUUGAGAUCUUUGAGCUUUGGAGCUGGGGGUGUGGACUCGGACGAAGAACUCCCGGCUACUCUGAGAGAAAGCGAAGAACGAAAGAGAGAUUUUGAUGGAGCUGCUGGGAGAAUGUCUUAUGGACUUACCUGGGAAGAAGCUCUUGGUGUUCUUCAUGGAAGACGAAGCAACGAUUUGGGAGCUAGAUUGGAGCUCGUCUGGAAUCGCGAAAGAUUGGACACGAUGCUACCCACGGGCACUAUUACGAGCCAUGUCGGCCACUUUCUUUUUUCCCCUCUUUUGAGUUCUUCCAAGAUCUUCCACAGGUCGUGCUCCCGACCCAAGCUAGGAGACAAAGUUGCCUUUGGACGGCCGAGAUUCAAUGUACCAGAAUAUGCCGGUCUUUUGAAUUUUAGGGCUAGGGCUUCAUGGAAGCUGGAGAGGACGAUGAGAGCGCUUCCCGGCCCUUCACGGCGCGGAUCCGCGACUCCGCGCCGGCGCCCACUUGCCAGCUUCUCCUCUCCAUGGUGCCUCACCUAUGUCUCCGAGAAGACACUGGAGAAGCUGGAGUUGUCCAAAGGAAGCCUGGAUUCGGAAGCUUAUGCGGCACUCAAUGAGGUGAGGCUUUGCUCGGUAGCUUACGAGGCUGCGAGCGGGCCUGAUAUUCCCAUCAAGGAGAAAGAGCUCUCCAUCGCGACGUGGCGAGCUUGCCGGCUCUUCAGUGUAGAUGAAAAUUCUCGCUUCAGGAGUCUGGUUGUGAAACGAUUGACGACAACACUCGAGGAAGAAAGCGCGAUAAAUGCCUACUUGGAUGAAGUUUUCCGGCGCGAGGAGAGGCGCAUUGGGUCAUUACGUAACACACCUGGGACUGCAGGAGAGAUACAAGCGGAAAAGAACGAGGCUUUGGCAACGCUGAGACAGCUUCAACAGGACUUCGACGCCCUUGAAGACGAUGAAUCAAAGAGUUUCAACCAAAAGCAAAAGAAGUUCUCCGAAGAAUGCACUCAGUUAGCCAGCACCAUAGACAAAAUGCAGGAGGACAAUCGUGCCUUGGAGCUCGCUGCGCGCGGCAAGAAAGAACAGAGCGUGGAGGAGGUGACUAACUUGCUGCGAGACUACAAAACUGAGCUCGCAAAGAAGAAGGAUGAGCUUGACAGAUUAUCCGUGCAACACAAAGAAGUGGACCAGAAAAUGCGAUUCUACAAAGAAUACUAUCGCCAGUGUGCAUGGGAGGAGAAUGAACGCCAAAGCUUGGAGGAUGCCAAUGCGAGAGCAAACUUCAAGUUCAACAGAUGCGCGAGGAUCAUACAGCGAAGAUAUCGCUACUUCAUCAAGAAGAAAAAGGCCGAAGAAGCCGCUCGCAAGAAGAAAGAAGCAGCUGCGAAGAAGAAAAAAAAGUAAUUGGUUUGAUCGACUCUCUUCUGUUCGUGGUUCCUUCUCAACCGUUUUUGCUACGUAAGAACUCUCAAAGUUCUUACAUUCUUCUCAAAGUCCUGCCAUUCUUUGUCCUCGAAUUUGCUGCUGGAAGCAAGAACUGCAAGGAUAUCCUUUGCUCGAGAGCUGCAUUGAUGCAAAUCUCCUCUUCUUCGUUCUUUAACUCAUACUAUAAAGUUUCAUUUCUUUCA